ACUUUCCGCGAUUGCUAGCGAUCUGCUGGAUCAAUGAAAUAACGUAGUACUAUGAAAGUGUGUGAGAUGUAGAGUGAAUUGUGAAAUGAAUAAAAAUGUUUAUUGUUUUUGUGUAACUACAGAAAAGAAGCAUGGGGAAAGAUCAAGAGCUGCUUGAGGCUGCAAGAAAGGGGAAUGUUGCCGUUGUUGAGAAAAUCCUAGGACAGAGAGCCAAAAGGAGUGGCCCUCUGGCAAGUUUACGCAGAGGACCUGGUGCUAACGUACAAGACAGUAGCGGAUAUUCAGCUCUACAUCACGCAUCUUUAAAUGGGCACAAGGAAAUCGUAAGACUGCUUCUGGACCAUGACGCAUCGACGAAUAUCAUCGAUGUCAAAGGAUCUUCUCCCCUUCAUCUGGCAGCUUGGUCCGGCAACGUUGACAUUGUACGGAUGCUGUUGUCCGGACCGUCUAUCUGCAAUGUCAAUCUGACGAAUAAGGACGACGAAACUGCACUCCACUGCGCAGCUCAAUACGGUCAUACAGCCGUUGUUAGCCUUCUUCUGGAGUAUGCGUGCGAUCCAGGCAUAAGGAAUUGUAGGGGGGAGACGGCCUUAGAUUUGGCAGCGCAAUAUGGCAGGUUGGAUACGGUGGAGUUGCUGGUCAGAACGGAUCCUAGUUUGAUGCAGUGUUUGAGGAGAGCGGCGCCUGAUAUUGUUUACCCUCACACCCCGUUGCACCUGGCCAGCAGGAAUGGUCACAGGGCCGUAGUGGAGGUGUUGUUGAGGGCUGGAUUCAGCGUGAACAUGAGGACGAAAGCUGGCACGCCUCUGCACGAAGCCGCCCUGUGCGGUAAAGUGGAAGUUGUGAAAACGCUUCUAGAACACGGGGUCAACACGUCCAUAAGGGACGCAACCAAUUAUACUGUGAUGGACCUGCUGAGCCAGUUCAACACUGCUCCCGCGUCUCAAGAAAUCAUGGGCAUUUUGAAAAGGCACAAAAGAGGUCUUCCAUUAGCUGAUAGCGACGGGGAAUCUAACCAUCCCUUCCCUGCCGUACCCCAUCCGGAUUCCGAUCUGGGUAGCCCUUACGAGAACGUCAGGCCAUCUUCCAAGAACUCCAGAUCGGGUACGACAGAUCCGUCUCCAGGGACGUCACCCCUAAGGUGGGACAGUUACCAUAAACACGCCAGACCACCCGAGGGUUUUGAAGAUAGGCGGACUUCGGGAGUGUCCAUUUAUUCUUUAUUUGCCGCAUCUUUAGUACCGAAUGCAUGUUUCAGGAAUGAAAAUUACCAUAUCUUAAGAAACCCCCAAAAAAUCCUAGAUUUAACACCGUUGCACGGAAUUGAGUUUUCGUUUACGGAGGACCUGACCGCUAGGAAGGAAAGCAUUACCUCUAUCGAUAGUUAUCAUACGGCUUUCGAUUCCUCGCUAGAAUCAGAGUCUUCAAGGGAAUCGGAUCUGAGCGACUUCUACCAGAUACCUUGCGCUCCGAAGCAGUUCAUGGACGCCGAAGACAGUCAUUUUCUGUCCGCCAACAAGGACUCUGACCAGAUAAGCCUGUCCAGCACCGCUUCCAGCUACGGCAAUUCGAGAAGGCCGGACAGCGGUGGUAUACCUCUCUACAUUCCGAUGAACAUGAACAGCAAGGGCGGAUACAGCCCUAUAUCGAACCAUAGCAAAGUGUCGCCGACGCCACCAAAGAAACCACCACGUAGGAACAUAUCAAUCUCCCCCACGCACCUCCAACCGAUGUCCAUGUCAGUGGACGGAGUGGGCAACAACGCCUACGAAUACCUAUUCCUCUCCCACAGCGGCACGCGCAGCCAGGGCAACCUGAGCGAUCUGGACCUGGAGCACCGCAGGGAGAGGCUGUCGCACGGGAGGAGCGUGGACCAGUACGUCGAGAUGAACGUCUUCAACAUCGCCCUGGACGACGACGAGGUGCAGAGAUCGGGCAAGGAGCUACACAGGGGGAAGAGCGAGGACCUGGAUUGUCGGAAGAAGGCCGAACCGGUGGCGAUAACCUCCAUGUACGAGAACGUGAUCAUAAAGAAGCAGAACCCGCGCAGGAAGCUGCGCAGGAACCCCGAGGUGUACGAGGACUUCAACUUCAAGAGGAAAGAAGACGCGGCCGGCACGUCGCUGCCGGAAUCCUCCUUCGUUUCGAAGGCCUACAUCGUCAUCAGGGACAGCGACAAUUCCUCGUCGAACGAGGGUUUCGAGUCUUGCAAUUCGAGGACCAUCGAGCGUAGGUGUUCCCUGAACAAGUAUCCCCUGAGUCCGACCCAUUACGUUCAACCGCCCACCCCCGAACACCCGCCUCCCAACCCCAGCGAGGCGGAAAAUUUGAUUUUCCAAAAGAUACGUCCGUUGAGUCAGGAAUAUAAAAGAUUGUCGAGAGACAUGGAAACGGAAACUGAGGAGGAAUAUUUGAUGAUCUAUGAGAGAUCAAGUGGUAGUUUCUCUAGCAGUGUGUCCUUGUCUGAUAGAAGUAUGGAUAACGUUAUUGAGGAGUAUUAUUCCGAUGCUCCUUUCGCAGGUCUCAAAAAAGGUUCUUCGAGAGUACUCGAGACCAUAAACCAAAACACACCAGCGGUCAGACCGAAAUCUUUGAAAAAACUGAAAGUUCUCUACGACUCCUCGAACAUAUCCAAUAAUUCCAAUACGAGCACUGACGACAUAAAGAGCGAUACAGAAAAAUCAUCGAGUUCUGAAAAAGAGUCUGAAAAUAAGGAGAAUAAGAGUCAGGUGAACCCUGAUAGGUUGUCUACCCUGAGCCCGUUCGAUGAACAGGAGGAAUGGGCUAAAAUACAAGAAAUAAUGGCUUCUUUUGGUACUGGAAUCGUGAGGGAAAGCGUCUUUGUGGCCGAGUUAGAGAAGGAAUUCCAGAAUAGAUUAAUGACGUUAAGUUAUUCGCAGAAUAGCCUCAACUCGGAGCCCAGUAAUAAUAUUGAGACGUGGUUGCAGAGUUUGGGAGUUGGGGAUUACACUGGUCUCUUUAAAAACAGUGGUUUCGAUGAUAUACAUUUUUUGAACGGAGUACUCGAAGAAUCCGAUUUAAUAGACAUGGGUUUGUCUAGCGACAAUGAGCGCAGGGUGAUAUUAAACGCAGUCUCCCAAUUACCAACGAAAAUCCACGAAAUAUCCCUAAACAACAACAACAGCGAACAGAAUAGUGUGAACCAGUGGUUGAAAGAUAUCCAUUUGGAACAGUAUUCUGAGACUUUCGCAAAGCACCUGUAUCAUGAUAUGGAGAGGAUUAAGAGGAUUUGGGAUGUUGAACUCAGUGCUGUUUUAGAUAUAGAUAAAAUAGGACAUAGAAAAAGGAUAUUAGCUAGCGUGAGCAAUGGCGAACACAUUGUCACUGGACCAAAACUAGAUGAAAUCAAUCCAGAGCUCAAUUCAACUCCGAAAUCCGAAAGCGACCAGUCUUCCACGGAUGCCAAAACGCAUUCUGCGCAUUCUUUCGAAAGUAACACAGGCACGAUACGUCACAGGAGAAAAAAAUCACGACCUGCACCACCACCACCUAUCCUGGAUAAAAAAAAUUCGGGCGAGGGGUCUGAGGGCAGAAAAUCUGGCGAUCUGGUGGUUGGUGGUGGCAAUUCCAUCAAGAGUCAUUGGAAACACCAACCUAUGCUCCUGAUUACUGGAGUUAUCAAGUAUGCAGCGAACUACCUAGGAUCUACUACUAUCCGUGAAUUCAGAGGGACGGAAUCUACAAAGAAAUCUUUAGAAAAAAUGAGAAAAUCUUCAGAUCAUCCUUCCCAAGAAAUCGUUUUGUCUAUUUCAUACAGGGGAAUAAAAUUUCUGAACCCUCUCAACCAGAAUGUGAUUUGUGAGCACGAGAUCCGUAAUAUGAACUGCGCCUGUCAGGACACUGAAGACAGGACCUACUUCGCCUACAUCACCAAGGAUGACGAGCAGUUUUAUUGUCAUGUUUUUCAAGCUGUUAAAAUGGACCAAGCCAUCGACAUCAUCCUGACCCUCGGCCAGGCUUUCGAGCUGGCCUACCAAAUGGCUCUGCGGGAACAGGUCACGUGUAAGACCAAAGGGAAUCGCACGACCGCAACUGACGUCCACAAAUCGACGGCGAGUCCCACUUCGACGUCUUCACAGGGCCGUGAUUUCAAGGAGUCGACCGCCUCCAGCGUCAGGAGUAGCGACCUCAGGAUGAACGGCCAUCCUUUGAGGAUGAAACCGCUGACGUUAUCAAUCGCUGCGGAUGGCGUCCUGUCGGACGUGGGCACGUUGCAGAAGGGCAACGAUGAAUAGGUUUUUGUUAGUCUUCAGUUGGAAGGAAUGUUGUUAAUGAUGGUACAGUCGUAGUCUAUCCGAUCUCACUUGACCAAUUUAAAAAAAAAAACAGACGCAACAAUGUUUUUCAGCUCUCUCCGCAUCCGUAAAUUCCCGAUUAUACACUCAAUCGGCUCAAUAUUCAGUAUAUCCC